AUGGCUACCACUGUCAAGGCGUACGGCGUCACGGGCCCCAACGAGCAGCUGAAGCCGCUCUUCAUCGAGCGUCGCGCGCCGGACGAUAACGACGUCGUCAUCGACAUCAAGUACGCGGGUGUCUGCCACAGCGACAUCCACACUUUGCGCGGGGACUGGGGCGAGAUCCCAUUCCCCAUGGUCGUCGGCCAUGAGAUCACUGGCGUCGUUCGCAGCGUCGGCAAGAACGUUACCAAGUUCAAAGUCGGCCAAAACGUCGGCGUUGGUACCCUCGUGAACUCCUGUCGCACCUGCGAGAACUGCAAGGACGGCGAGGAGCCGUACUGUCUCGGCAACGACGAGCUCCCUGGCUAUGUCGCCACAUAUAAUAGCAAGGACUGGAAGGCGAACUGGACACCGACAAAAGGCGGGUACUCGCAGAUGAUCGUCGUCGACCAGGACUUCGUCCUGAGCAUCCCGGACGGCAUGUCUCUGGAUAAAGCCGCCCCCCUCCUGUGCGCCGGUAUCACGAUGUACUCGCCGCUCCGUUACUGGAACGCUGGUCCUGGCAAGCGCGUCGCUAUCAUUGGCCUGGGUGGUCUCGGCCACAUCGGCGUCAAGAUCGCGAAGGCCCUCGGCGCGGAGGUCACCGUCCUCUCCCAGUCCCUCAGCAAGAAGGAGCUCGGCCUUAAGCUCGGCGCUGACCAGUACUUCGCGACGGCGGAUGCACAGACCUUCGAGACGCUCAAGGGCCACUUCGACCUCAUCCUCAGCACCGUCUCCGCGGACCUCGACUUCGACCAGUACUUGUCGCUCCUCCGCCGCAACGGCAGCCUCGUCGAGGUGGGCCUGCCCGAGGAGCCGAUGAAGGUCCACGCGUUCAGCCUUGUUCUCGGCCGUCGCAGCAUUUCCGGGUCCUCCGUCGGUGGCCUUAAGGAAACGCAGGAGAUGCUGGACUUCUGUGCGAAGCAUGACAUUGCUGCUGAUAUUGAGACCAUUCCAGCCUCUUACAUCAACGAGGCUUGGGAGCGCGUGCUCAAGUCCGACGUACGCUUCCGCUUUGUCAUCGAUAUUGCUACGCUCGUCUGGAGUCGCGACAGCGACGACUCGCAAGUGUACAGAUUACUUGAGAUUUCGCCUGUUCCCCCUGGAGAGCAUAUGGUGAUUCGCCCCGCCGGCGCCAUCCUCGUCGCAUAUCCUCGUUUCUGUGUUCAGAAGCCCCCGCUCGGCGAUGUCCUGUAUCUGCUGCAGAUAUUCCGCGGUGAUCUUCUCAUGAUUCAUGGGCACCUCAUCGACCUCCACGACGUCCGCAUUCAGUAG